AGACAUAAUUUAUUCAAUAUAAUAAUCUUAUUCGAUUUAUAACCUAUAAUAUAAUUAAUACUGUGAAGAAACAGUAAGGAAGUUAGAUUAUUAAAUAAUUUCGAGUCAUCGUAUUUAAAAUCAUGUUUGCCAAUUGAGAAACCACUAUCUGCUUCAUUCGUGAAUAAUAUGGCUCGAAGCAACUUCAGAGGUGUGUCAUGUUUGCAAGAAACGCGGUGUUCUUUCUUGUAGCAUAUCCAAUAAUUUUUAAAGCUAAUUUUAUAAAGGAUGCUCGCAUUAGGACCUAAAAAGGACGGUGGACCCAAUACAAAAUUUUUUGAGUCCCAGGAAAUUCUUACACAACUUGAUGCAGUUAAACAAUGGCUUUUGAAAAACUGCAAAAAGUAUGUCCAAACGGAUCCUCCAACUAAUAAAAGUUUAGCUACAUUGAUAGUGCAAUUAUUGCAAUUUCAAGAAGAUAAUUUAGGAAAAAAUGUUUCAAAACCACCAAUGACAAGACUUCCUAUGAAAUGUUUCUUAGAUUUUAAACCAGGAGGUGGUUUAUGUCAUAUUCUUGCAACUGCAUAUCGUUUUAAACAAGAACAAGGAUGGCGUCGAUUUGAUUUCCCUGUUGGAAAAUCAGGAUCUCGUAUGGACAGAACAGUAGAAAUGUUAAUGGCUGCUGAAAGAGCUUUGGUACAGAAUCGAUGUAUGAUUAUACCAAGUGUAUAUGUGAGACCUGAUGUAGAUAAAUCAACAGCUGCAAAAGUGAAAGAAGCAGUUCGUCGACAUCAAGGUAGUAUUUCUGAAAAUGAAACAGAUGCUACACAUAUAAUUUAUCCUCCAGUUGAUCCUAUGGAAGAAGAAUACGCGCGACCUUGUAUGAGACGAGAAAGAUCUGUUCUUCUUCAUUGGUACUAUUUUCCCGAUAGUUACGAUUCUUGGACUACAUUAGAUCUUCCUUGGGACUUCCCAGAAGGUACACUUACAAAUACAAACAUGAAAUCAGUAUACAAAGUAGCUGCAACAUGGGCAUUAGAUUUAGAUCAAUAUAACGAAUGGAUGAAUGAAGAAGACUAUGAAAUAGAUGAAAAUGGUCAAAAGAAAAUACAUAAAUACCGACUUUCGGUAGAAGAUUUAAUGGCUCAGCCAUCUCAUCCUCCUCCUUCAGCGAAAAAACCAAAAAGAAAACGAUCUCCUAGUCCAUCGCCGAAACCAGGAAAACGUAAAAGCGCAAGAGCACCAUCAAGUGUUCAAACUUCAUCUUCAUCAUCACUUGCGACUCCGAAGAAAUCCCGCGGUGGUGGAGAAGAAGAAGACGAUCUCACUCAAGGAAUGGAAGAUCCACCAGCAGAACCUCGAAUUGUAGAAGUAGUUGCUACUCCUACGAAUCCGCCGGUGACUGGUCAAGGUAAUAUUCCAGCAAGUGGCAGUACUUUAACGACAACAGGUAGUAAGAAACAAGAUAACGAACUUCAACCACUUAAAUCUGGUAAUAUGGCGGAUUUGGAUGAACCUAUGGAAGGAGAUAAAGGAAGUUCUCAAAGUACUCAAGAUAGAGAAGAACGAGAUGCAAGUAAAGAAAGAGGAGAAGGGAGUAAAGGAGAUGAACCAGAAGAUAAUGUCACUGAACAAACACAUCAUAUUGUUGUUCCUAGUUAUUCUGCUUGGUUUGAUUAUAAUUCGAUUCAUACUAUUGAAAAAAGAGCUUUAUCUGAAUUUUUUAAUGGUAAAAAUAAAUCUAAAACGCCAGAAAUUUAUCUUGCAUACAGAAAUUUUAUGAUCGAUACCUAUAGAUUAAAUCCUACAGAAUAUAUUACAUCGACUGCUUGUAGGCGUAAUUUAGCAGGAGAUGUAUGCGCAAUUAUGCGCGUACAUGCAUUUUUGGAACAAUGGGGACUUAUUAAUUACCAAGUGGAUGCAGAAUCAAGACCAACACCCAUGGGUCCACCUCCAACAUCACAUUUCCAUGUAUUAUCAGAUACUCCAUCAGGUUUAGCUCCAGUUAAUCCGAAUCCUCCGAAAACACCACAACCUUCAGCCGCAAAAACAUUACUUGAUUUAGAAAAGAAAUCAUCCGGUUUGGGAACAGAAGAGAAAACUUCAGCUGGAGUGAUGGCAAAUUUUGGACUAAAAAUUGAUCAAUAUUCGAGAAAACCGGCAGUUUUGAAGAAUAAACAAGCUGCCGGUGCUACUCGUGAUUGGACAGAACAAGAAACACUUUUGCUAUUAGAAGGAUUAGAAUUACACAAAGAUGAUUGGAAUAAAGUCUGUGAACAUGUUGGUUCGAGAACACAGGAUGAAUGUAUCUUGCAUUUCCUACGACUUCCUAUAGAAGAUCCUUAUUUAGAAGAAAGCGGACCAGAGGGUUUGGGUCCAUUAGCUUAUCAACCAGUACCAUUUUCUAAAGCUGGUAAUCCCGUUAUGAGUACUGUGGCAUUUUUGGCUUCAGUUGUUGAUCCUAGAGUUGCUGCAAGUGCAGCCAAAGCUGCUAUGGAAGAAUUUGCAGCUAUUAAAGAUCAAGUACCAGCUGCUUUAUUAGAUCAACAUUUAAGAAAUGUUCAAGCUAGUGCUAAUUCUGAUGGUAAGUUUGAUCCAGCUGCAGGAUUAGCACAAUCAGGUAUAGCUGGGACUGGACCACCUGAACCUCCUGAUGAUACAGCACCACCUUCAACUACAGGUGCUACAGUUACAUCUCCACAUUCAGCAACAACAGCUUCUAUGGAAAUGAAAAAAGAGGAACAAGAAAAGCCUAAAGAAUCUGAAAUAGAUCAAAGUCAAUUGGAUAUAACAAAAAAAGAAGAUGAAUUGAAAGAAACUGAAGAAGAUGCAAAAUCAACCAUGGAUGCUGAAACUAUGGAAGCAAAAGAAAAAAGAGAUAAGGUGGUGCGAGAUGCUCAACUUCAAUCUGCAGCUGCAGCAGCAUUAGCAGCAGCUGCCGUUAAAGCAAAACAUUUGGCAGCUGUAGAAGAACGUAAAAUUAAAGCUUUAGUAGCGCUGCUUGUUGAAACACAAAUGAAAAAAUUAGAAAUUAAAUUACGUCAUUUUGAAGAAUUGGAAACGACGAUGGAACGAGAACGUGAAGGGCUUGAAUAUCAACGACAACAACUUAUUACUGAAAGACAACAGUUUCAUUUGGAACAAUUAAAAGCAGCCGAAUUUAGAGCUAGACAACAAGCGCAUCAGCGUUUAGCUCAAGAGCAACAACAACAACAACAAAAUCAACAUCCUGCAUGGCAACCUACUGCGCAACAACAACAACAACAACAACAACCACCGAGUCCUCAAGCAUCAGCCCAGCAACCACCCUCACAUACACCUCCACAACAAGCAUAAAUUUCUUUUCCCACAUCACAGAUGGAUCUUUUGGUGGCUGUUUUGGAUUAAGCGUAUGUAAUGAAGACAUUAGAUGGAAAUGAUAAUGUUGAAGAAGUUGUGUCAUGUGUGCUUGUCUAAUUUCUCCACUUGCACAACAGUACAACAAAUUCGCAAGAUCAAGGGCAAGUGAACCAACUCGAGUUAGUUGGAAAUCAAUUAAAUAGACAACCUGUAAAGUCAUAAUGUUAAUCGUAAUUUAAGAUUUGAUCCAAUUACAUUGUAAUAUUUCCAAUUUCUAUUCCCUAAGUUAACAUAAUUGAAAUUUGAUAUAUCUUAAUAUUCAUAUUCGUAUUACUUUUAUUUCGCAAAUGAAGUAAAAAAUGAUAAGAUAAAUAUUUUUACACUAUACUUGUGUCUAUUUUUUCUUUUUUAUUUCAAUAAAUUUUAAUUAAUAUGGGAAUAGAAUCUAUAAAAAUAUCCUAUUUCAUGAUAAAAAAACAUAAUUUAUUUAAUACUAUCAAGUAUGCAUAAUACUUGAAAACUGAAUAAAACUAAGUGAUUUAUUAAAUAUGAACAAUUUUUAUUUUGAUAGAAAUUUUAUGAAUUACAAGAAUGUUUUUCUUUAAUAUUAUUAAAAUAAUAUUUGUACAAGAUAUAUAAUAAAAAACAGAAAAACCAUAAUAUACUAAACAUCUUAAAAUUAAUAAUUAAUAAAUAAUUAAUAAAUAAUAAAAUUAUACUAAGAAACAUUAUUUCUUGGUUUUUCUUAUAUAAUAUAAAAUUAAAUAACAUGCACGUUCAACAAAUAUUUUAUAUUUUAAUGUGACAUACAUAAAAAAGAUUUUUAUUUUUUUUUUUCUUUUUUUUACUUUACUACUAAAUGAUAAUAAAUAUUAUUUAUAUGUAAUACUUACUUCUUCGUUUGAUUUGGUCAAAUCGUCUUUAAAUAAAAUAUUAUUAGUCCAACAAUCACCAUGACAAAAAACAGUAAGGGGCCCUUGCAUAGCAACUAAUUCGCUCAUAGUGCGAAAAAAUACAUCAUCAUUAAGAAAUGCUCGUAAUUUUUUCAUUAUUUCAAUUCUUUUGGAUUCCAUGUGAGAAGGAAGACCAUCAGACACCAUUCUGAUAGCAUUCUUAGCAGCAACUUGAUAAUAUUGACGGUACCAAUUUUCAUUUUCUGUUCGAAAAAGUGCUUCUUGGAUACCUUUACCUUCACUUGGAUCUGUCAGUCUUGCAAAUUCUUCUGGUCUUAUAUAUCAAUACAUUAUAUAUUAAUAUAUAAACAUAUGUAUAGACAUAAUAAUACAAUAUAAAAUAAAUAAAAAAAAAUAGAAAAAACAAGAAAAGAAAGAAAAAGAAAUUAUUAUUAGACAUACCUUGUUUCUCUAAGAGUUAAACUCAGUGCAUGAAAACCUGCUAAAGCUUUCAAUGUUCGUUUCAAAUGCUCAAGUUGCAAUCCUUUUCUUCUAUCUGCCAUUUUAAAACCUCUUUCUCGUAAAUCUUCCAUAGCGAUAAAAUCAAUUUGUGCUGCAUAUAUUUUUGCAACACCAUUAAAAACUUUUCUACCAUUUGUUUGUAACUUAUUUAAUGCAGGCCAUACAUGCGUAUAAAAUGCUACUUCAUUUUGAAAUAGUAAUUCACUUUUAAAAGCUUCACGAUGUUCUCUUGAUUGGGGUAAAACUUUAUAAAUUAUUGCACAUUCAUAAUUGAUCCAUUCAUUAUUUUUUAUCUGUUUUCGACCUUUUGCUCGAAUACGAUACAACAUAGAUGUAUAGUUGUCACCUCUUCCUGAACCGAAUUCUUCUUCUAAACUGAUAAUUUCCACAUUAGGUUCAUCUUUCAUUAUCAAUUUACGCACAGAUUCUAAUGUAAAAUGCAUAUGUUUCUCAUCCAUUAUUCUGUUUCUAAAGACAAAAUUUUAAAAAUAAUAAAAAAAUUUAAAAGAAAAAUUUCAUAUAAUUAUAAGAUUCUUGAAUCGAUGUCACUACGUUUUAGCUUUUAUAUGUGAACGAAUGAGUUACGAUGUUAAGCUACCCGAGCUGCAGGAAAUAAGCAUUUGAGGGACGAGAGAAUAGUAACUCCCACUAUACAUACAUACAUACAUUAAUUUAUUAAUCGUAAGUACCCUAGUUAGGGGGGCAAGGACAUUAAUACAUACCAAUCAUGCAUAUAAUUUCAAUUCUUUGAAUGACAAAUUGAUUGAAAUUUUUAUACAAAGAAAUAAAAAUUUAAUAGAGAAUGAUAAUAAAUAUUAUAAGUUUUAUAUAAUGGUAUUUUUUGACUUAAUUGUAGAAGCAAAAAAAAAUAUGUUAUAAAUAAUGUUAUAAAUAUUUUCUUUUUAUAUAUAAUUUAAUUUAAUUGAUUAAUUUAAUUGUUUUGUAUCCAACAUGUAUAAAAUUUCCUUUCCCACUAAAUUAAUCAAUUUGUCACGAUCAUCGUUCGUAAAUUCUGGAAGAUUAUGCAAUUUCAUAAUCAUUGGGUUGAUAUUUGUAAAUCCUGAGUUUACACAGUACUCAAGAAUGAG